CGUGCCGAACAAAACGCUUCGCGCAUCACGUCGGCUCUCCGGCGUUGAUUCGGCGUUGUUUUGAGGCGUGAGGCUCAGCGGUGGAAGCGGCUCCGACGUCCCAUUGACAUCGGCGUCUAAGGUGGCAGCCGGGUUCAUUCUUCGCCGACAAAAAGCAGCGUACCCGCCGCAAAAAUGGCCGCUCGCAGAUUUUGCGUUGGGGGAAACUGGAAGAUGCACGGCAGCAAGAACUCCAUCCGCGAUAUCUGCAACACUCUGAAGGGAGCUAGCCUGGACCCUAACGUAGAGGUGAUCGUCGCCUGCCCGGCCCCGUACCUGGACUAUUGCCGGAGCCUGCUUCCACCUUCUGUGGCCCUCGCUGCACAAAAUUGCUACAAGGUUGAGCAAGGCGCUUUCACUGGCGAAAUCAGCCCUGGCAUGAUUAAAGACUGUGGUGGCCAGUGGGUCCUACUGGGUCAUUCGGAGCGCCGACACGUCUUUAAGGAAGAUGACGUGCUCAUCGGGGAGAAGAUUAAGCAUGCUUUGGAAUCUGGCCUCAACGUCAUUGCUUGCAUUGGUGAGCUGCUGGAAGACCGAGAGGCCGGCAGGACUGAAGAAGUUUGCUUCCGGCAGAUCAAGCAUAUUGCAUCUAAUGUCAAGGACUGGAGCAAGGUUGUGAUUGCCUAUGAACCGGUGUGGGCAAUUGGUACUGGCAAAACUGCUACUCCUGAUCAGGCUCAAGAAGUCCACUCCAAGGUGCGUAACUGGCUGUCUACCAAUGUUUCCUCUGAUGUGGCAUCCAAGGUCAGGAUACAGUAUGGAGGCUCUGUGAAUGCUGGAAACUGCAAGGAACUGGGCCGAAAACCUGACAUUGAUGGCUUUCUUGUGGGUGGUGCCUCCCUGAAGCCCGAGUUUGUCCAGAUCAUUAAUGCUAUGCAGGGUUAGCUCGACAUGUCGUAGCUCGCAAGCCCACUCAAAUUAAGACCUUCCUUUUUUUUAAGGCUUCUUGUUCCUUGAUUAAGGAAGGGCAUACAUUUGAGAUUGCUUGAGGCUCUUGUUCAUCUGACACACUACAAACGUUUUCUUUAUUUUCUUGGUUGUCUAAAUAGUUCACGAAAAUGCAUUUGAGUGAAAAUUUAGGUAUAUAUAACUGAUUAUUUGUCCGAAAUUUACAUCUAUUAGUGACUAGUCACCAUGGAAUGUUGUUGAUUACAUAACCCUUGAACUGAGCAUCAGUGGCCUGUCAUGUUCUUGGAAGUAGCUUACCUCAGUGUCAUGUCCUGAACAAUAACAAAAAGGUUUGCCGUGUGGUGCAGAGCUGCGAAACAGCGGUUAUACACAUAGCCUGUUGCUACUGCCAGAGAAUGUUUAAUUUAAAACAUUAUUCCAUGUGAACCAAUUACUGUACUGUAGUUUGUCUUGCGAGUUCGCUAAUGUGAAAGAGUUGUAUCGAACCGGUUAAAAUUUGCUGUUGUCAUGUCUUUUUAUGACACUGCCAUUACGAAUAAAUAUUUGGUGCAAUGCACCACUUCUGUGAAUUGGAA